CCGCUGUUGUUAUUUAGCGCGUCCACGCGGCCACCGCUGGAGUCGCACCAGGUUCCCGAACCACUCCUGGCAGCCGGGUGGACCCACCGCUCAGUGACCGACCCCAAACCCCCGCCGCCCGCCAUGGCGCCGCCGGAGCCGGAGGUGUUCGACGUCGUCAUCUUCGGGGCCUCGGGCUUCACCGGCAAGUACGUCAUCCGGGAGGCCCUCAAGUUCCUCUCCCCCAGCUCCCCGCUCCGCUCCCUCGCGGUCGCCGGCCGCAGCCGCGACCGCGUCGCCGCCGCGCUCCGCUGGGCGGCGGCCCCGGCCCCGCCGCCCGAGGGAGUCGCCAUCCUCGUCGCGGACGCCGCCGACCCGGCCUCCCUCGCGGCGCUCGCGUCCCGCGCCCGGGUCGUGCUCUCCUGCGCGGGGCCCUUCCGCCUCCACGGCCACGCCAUCGCGGCGGCCUGCGCGGCCGCGGGCGCCGACUGCCUCGAUAUCUCCGGGGAGCCCGAGUUCAUGGAGCGCGUCGAGGCCGAGCUCCAUGAGCCCGCGGCAAAGAGCGGGUCGCUCAUCGUCUCCGCCUGCGGGUUCGACUCCGUCCCCGCGGAGCUGGGGUUUCUGUUCCACUCCAGGCAGUGGGAGCCGCCGUCCGCGCCGGUGACCGUGGAGGCGUACGUCAGCCUGCAGUCGACAAAGAGGAUCGUCGGGAACAUCGGUACCUACGAGUCGGCCGUGCUCGGGGUGGCCAACGCCGGCCAGCUGCAGGCGCUGCGCCGGUCGAGGCCCAGGCGGCCGAGGCCCAAUAUUCCAGGCCCUCCACCUCCCAAAGGGUCGCUGAUUGAGGGUCAUAAUCCUCUGGGAAUGUGGGCUAUGAAGUUGCCUUCGGCCGACACUGUGGUCGUGAAGAGAACUCUGUCAACAGUUACCGAGCAUCCUGAGGGCCUUCCUGGGGCAGAAGAAACCCCAGAGUACACCGAGCACAGGAAGAGCUUCUGGUCCUCUGUUAAACCUGCCCAUUUCGGCGUGAAGAUUGCCUCCAGAUCCCUGAUGAUCAUCGUGCGGUUCCUGAUCACCGGACUGUUCAUUGGCCUGCUUGCCAACUUCUCCUUCGGCAGGUCUCUCCUGCUGAAUUACCCUGAGUUCUUCUCUGCUGGGAUGUUCAGCAGGGCUGGCCCAACUGAGGAAGAGGUGAAGAGUGCCUCCUUCAAAAUGUGGUUCGUGGGGCAUGGCUACAGCGACACGGCUCAGGCGUCGGAGCGCGGGAGCAAGCCGGACAAGGAGGUGAUCACCAAGGUCUCAGGCCCUGAGGUCGGGUACAUCACGACCCCGAUCGUGCUGGUGCAGUGCGCCCUCGUCCUGCUGAGCCAGCGCGGCAACCUGCCCAAGGGAGGGGUGUACACGCCGGGCGCCGUCUUCGGCCCUACCGACCUCCAGCAGCGCCUCCAGGAGAACGGGAUGUCGUUCGAUGUUCAAGUAACGAGGUCCAUGCGCUGAGGUUGGCCGAGGGCUCCAUUUGGUGGAAAAGAGUUGGUGAAGGAUGUGCGGCCUGGGGAAUAAGAAGCGAUUGGUGAUGACUCAAUCGUGUGUGUGUACUGAGUGGUAGAGUCCAAGGUAAUGCCUACUCUGAAGUAUGCCUAGUCUCUGUUUGUGGUGCUGUGUGUUUAUGUGAGCCAUCAAAGUAGGAAAACGGUCUGGCCGUGUACUGUGAGAGGAUCCUAUGGGUUUGGGUUGCUGUGUGUAGUGUAAUGCCAGACUUGGCUUGCUGAGGAAAGCUGCUAAUGCGGUAAUGCAUACAGUACUGGAGUACGUGAGUUCAAAAUUCCAAAGUGGUUCUCGUUUGGAUCGAA